AUGAACUCUACGGAACAUUAUCUAGAAUUCGCUAUAAAAUUAGCCAAGCAAUGCGGACAAAUUAUUCUUGAUGCAUCAAAUGCAAGAUAUUCUACAAAUAGUAAAGUUCUCUCGAAGUAUGGAAAUCAAUCGGAUUUAGUAACCGAAACUGAUCAAUUAGUAGAAGAAUUGAUUAAAUCAAAGUUGAAGGAAAGCUUCCCGGAACAUAGAUUUAUCGGUGAAGAGACGAAAGCUGCUGGAUACCAAGAUGAAUUCACAGAUGACCCAACAUGGAUUGUCGAUCCGAUAGAUGGAACAACAAAUUUUGUUCAUGGAUUUCCAUUUGUUGCGGUCUCUAUCGGGUUAACAAUUAAUAAGGAACCUGUUGUUGGCGUAGUGUUUAACCCAUUUCUUAAUGAAUUAUAUACAGCUCGAAAAGGUCAUGGCGCAUUUUUAAAUCAUACGACUAGGCUUCCACUCUCAUAUCCAAAUCCUCCUCUUCAACUACCUUCGUCUCUUGCUAAAUGCUUGGUGAUUUCAGAAUUUGGCAGCGAUCGAUCAGACGAAGUGAUUAGCAAAAAGGUUAAUUCAGUUCAUAAUUUGUUGCGAAAGCCUGGUGAGGUUUCUUGGUCAUCUAAAAAAGCUGGUUUAGUUAGAGGGGUUAGGAGUAUUGGUAGUGCUUCUUUAAAUAUUUGCAGCGUUGCUCUGGGUCGUGCCGAUAUUUAUUUUGAAUUUGGAUGUUGGGAAUGGGAUGUGACAGCAGCUCUCGUAAUUCUUAAUGAAGCGGGUGGUAUAAUGGUAAGUGCUCAAGGAUAUGAUGAAGGGCCGGUUGACAUUUUUGGACGUAAAUAUUUGGCAAUUAGAGCUGGAUCACCUUGUGACGGCGAUAAAGAUUCUAAACAAAGUCAAUUAAGAUUGGCUAGAGAAAUAUGGGAUGUUAUCGAUGAUAUUGAUUGUCCUAGAACUUAA